AUGAAUAACCUUGACCCCGAAGAUGCCAUUUUCCUGGUUGAUGCGUUCCUGGAUGAGAGCAAGGGGGAUCAGCGUAGUGGACACACUAAAGAAUGGUCUAAACAAUCUACAAAGCUGUGUGUUUGGCUUGAUGAGGACAAUGAUGGUCAACCUCUGCCAAAAAGACGUAGAUCUGGGGAGAAACGAAAGCGAGAUUCGGCUACUGACUCCCUCAUGCAAGAUGUCCGAGACCUUGUAGAAAGUGGUGCUGAACAACCUCUCCCGUCACACUGGAGGAACAGGCAAACUUCUUCUCUGGAGAAUUGGACAGUAAUGAGGCCCUUCAUGAUGAACAAUAUGUUGUCAUCUGAGAAGCCCAAGGAGGGGGUUUGCCAUCAUUGUGGACAAAAGGCUGCAGUAGUGAUGUGCACAGACUGUGACCUUUCCACACAUGAGGACCUGGUGCUUCAUAACAGAGCAUCCAUGGUGGAGGGGUUCUUUAGACACCUGGCGCCAUCCACUUUUGUUCAGCAGCAUGAGGGAGGGAAAUUCUCCUAUCAUGAAAAAGAUUGUAUGUUACCAAUCGUUCCUCCCUGCUGCGACUGCAGCACUGGGCAAACAAGCUUUUCCAAGGGAAAGGCAGUUAUUUUAAUUGGAAUGAAUGGAAAAUACAACCUCUUCCUUCCAUCAGUAAACUGCUCCUGUGGAAAAACCUUGCCAGUGACCAUAAGUGAUCUGGUUGAAAGUGGUUACUGGCCAGCCACUGUCAAUUUUGAGACCUUGUACAUGGUGGACUUGUUCACCACGUAUGAGGAUCUAAAAAUCACUGCCCCAGGAAUGUCGAGACAAGCUUUUGUCAGCAUGCUUGAGUGCCGUACAAAACUCUUUGGGCGAAGUGGUAAGAUAUGUGGGGACACAAUGCAGAGGGCCUUCCUCGAAUGGGCCUAUGCCAAAUUUGAGGUUGACAAGCUGUCUCAGGUCCAGCAUGUUCAGUGCCCUGCAUGCACACCCUCCAUGUUGGCAGUUGCAGUGGAUGGGAACCGCAAAUUAUAUCGUUUCAAAAGCCAACCAGGGUGUACCUAA